AUGCCGCCUAGACGCCGCCUCGUGGGUCGUGGGCGCGGGUGCGCAGGAGGUCACGGUAGGCGAGGUGGAGCCGGAGCUGUCCCGAGGGCACGCAGGGCUCGUGCUGCAGCACCGGACCCACAGAUCGCUGCAGCCCUUCUCGCGCUCGGAGCGCCGCGUAAUGCUCCUUGCAACGCUGACGGCCCAUCAAAGCGUGCUGGUGCGGAGCAGCGAGAGAGCUUGAUCACGAGUGCCUUGCGACCAUGUGACCUCUUCAACUCUGAGAGCGACCAAGUGGCUUCGGGAGAGAUGACAAUGACGUUAGCUAAUGCUAUUCGAGACAUCAAAGGUAGCAGUGAGCUCGUCCCUGCAGCCGUCAUUGCCAUGAUGUACGGACGAAUAAUGGUCCAUUUCGCUGCCAGCGCGGAGAUCGGAGCCCAAGCGUGGGGGAGUACAACUCUACAGACCAUAGCCCUGGCUGGGGCAAUGGUCGUUGCGGCUGGUGGCUCCAGCCUUGACGAGGACGAUUUGGCGCUUGAUGAUCCAGACCUCAAUGACAUCUACACGACGGAACUUGCUGCUCAUAGUGCCGACUUACAACGUAUCAUGGGUGCUGUCACGGGCAACGCAGCUCCCGCAGAUCUCGACUUGUACCCUCGCGCAAUCUCUCUCUGCGUCGCUAUGUUCUUGGAACUCGGCACAAAAUCACAGGCGACGACUCGCCGACCUGGCUCGGAGGCUCAAUUGACAAAGCUUCUUGCAGACUCAAUUGGAAUGGCCGAAGCAGCAAGUGCUACAAACUCAGACAAGAAGGCUCUCAAUGCGAUUUUCUCUGCCUGCCAUACUCUCCGCUUCCGUAUCAUAAUGAUCGGCAGUAUCUUGUCUCCCGCAGUUACUGACACAGAUCUGUUGACCGCUCAGAAUGCUCUGAAAGACUGGGUCGACGAGUCAACUGAUCGCCUCGAAAAGGAGCAUACGAGGUGGGAACCUGGCAAGCAGUACCGCCUCUUUGACCUUACCUGCCUGAACGAACAGCUUGCUGCAAGGUUCGAUGGAGCACACCUGCUUCUGGGCAUUGAUCAGAAGCAUGCUGCUGCCUUACGUACGCUUCGCGUGAUUGCAGCGCAUCUGGCUGUGGGUUUCUCUGCGGGUCUGACUCCGUUGCUGGAGGAGUUGAAGGUGGUCGUUUCUGAGUUUGACAAGGGGAUCAAAUCUACUGGAACCUACACGGCGUUCCCUGUUUACACACCCAAUUCGGAUGGCACCUUGAGCGAGGUGACGAGGGAGGGUUUGGCCUUCAGGCAACGACACCCGGGGCUGAACUCUUACGCUAUCAGCCUCAACGCUGCGACUAAAUUGGACAAAGCUGUGCUUCGAGAUCUUGGCAGACAGAGCGCUUGUGAAAACCUUACGCUCUGCGUGGCGCUCUUUCAACAUGAACUCUACUGCCAAUCCUGUGUCCACGGAAAUGCUACCCUUACUUCGUCAGUUUCUGGCUGCCAAACGACUCUGAGUCGUCUUCGUGACUCGCUGCUCUUGUGCAGUGAAACCCGGGUCAAGCAGCCAUCUCUUGGACUGCGACAUCCAGAUGACCCCUCCAGCACCAACCUGCUGCCGGACUGGAUGCUCCGAAGUAUCGGGGACACCUUCUUGGACCAUGGCCCACAGGACAGACUGGUGCUGAUGAUGGCUGUCUCCAGAUUGGUCCAAGUGCUGUUGGCCAACCUCGGCACAGCACUGGAAAAUGCCAUGCGGGACCAAUCAGAAGGCCCCAAAGACGAAGUGGAGGUUGAGGUGGACGACUCCAGCUACAUGCAGUUGCCCAACACUGGAGACUGGAGUAAACUGCUCCGGUCUCUUCAGGAGGACAUGGAAAGCCGAGACAAGCUGGUCAUGAGUCGUGCGGCGGAGUGGCUUAUGGACUGGCUCAACCAUCGCUGCACAGACUCUCAGGCUGGAAAGUUCUUGGGGCACAUGGAUGGAGCUGUAUCGGACAUUGUGGCACUGUUGGUUAUCCCGCUCGACAGCAGUUCAGCCGAGGAGUCUCAAGCUGGUGAGGCGGUCUCUGCACUGGUGCCGGCAUCGCCCAUGGAAGACACUGGUGUUGCACCGACCCAAAUGAUCCACACGCCGGAGGAACCCAGUCCGGGGAAGAAGAGGCGCACCUGCGUGGUGGAGAUGGCCAGUGGCUCGGGCCAGGCACCCCAGGUGGUUACCUUUCCCAUGGAGGGGGGCAGCUCGGAAUUACACAUCGGGAUGACAGUCAGGGUGGAAGAAAGCCAGCCUCUGGCACCAGCAAGCGAUUCCGAAGAUGAUGUUCGUACACAACUGUUGGAGAUGGAGGAUGGCCCGGGUGACGAAGUGUCCACUGAUGUCCUGCUCAACAUCUAUCCGAUUUGGGCCUCGGGGAUGAUCUCGGAUGACAAGGUGAUCUCCGCAUAUGGCCUUGAAGGCUUUCCAAUCUCAGAGG